CUAUAUUUCCGAUCGAUCUUGCCUGCCAAACCCAAUCUGAAACCUGAAUCACUCACUCCUGGAAAAGAAACAAAGAAGAAAAGAAAGAAAAACAGCGAGUGGGAUUUUCAAUAAUUUUGGUUUUUUAACAAGACACAAACUUGGUUUCGUGCUCCUCCAUCUCUGCUGUGAGGCUCAAUCUCGGAUCAGGCCGUGCCCGGAGUUCUUAGGGUUUGGCCUUUGUAAAGAUGGCUCAAUCGAGCGGCAGAGGAGGCGGAACUGGGAGGUUCGCGGUGGGUGAGUAUUUGGUGGGGAAGCAGAUAGGGACCGGGUCGUACUCGACGGUGUGGCUUGCGCGACACCGAGUCCACGGCACCGAGGUGGCCAUCAAGGAGAUCGUCACAGCUCGGCUCAACUCCAAACUCAAAGAGAGUCUCAUGUCCGAGAUUGUUAUUCUCCAGAAGAUCAAUCACCCCAACAUCAUCCACUUGCACGACAUGAUACAGGAUUCAGGAAAGGUUUAUAUAGUGCUGGAGUACUGUCGAGGGGGUGAUCUUUCUAUGUACAUCCAACAACGCAAUGGGAGAAUUCCAGAAGCAACUGCAAAACAUUUUAUGCAGCAGCUAGCAUCGGGCCUUAAAGUUCUUCGUGAAAACAACUUAAUACACCGGGACCUUAAACCACAGAAUCUGCUCUUGUCAGUAAACAACGACAAUGCUGUUUUGAAAAUUGCUGAUUUUGGAUUUGCAAGGUCUUUGCAACCUAGGGGCCUCGCAGAGACCUUAUGUGGUUCACCACUAUACAUGGCUCCUGAAAUUAUGCAACUUCAGAAGUAUGAUGCAAAGGCAGAUCUCUGGAGUGUUGGUGCCAUUCUAUUUCAGCUUGUAACUGGUAGAACCCCAUUCGUAGGAAACAAUCAAAUACAGUUGCUUCAGAACAUAGUAAAAUCAAGUGAAUUGCAAUUCCCUUCAAAUGCAAAGAAUUUGAGUGAUGAGUGCAUAGAUUUAUGUAAAAAGUUAUUGCGCCGUAAUCCAGUGGAGCGGUUGACAUUUGAAGAGUUCUUUAACCACCAAUUUCUUGCAAAAAAGCAACCAGAUGAACUAUCUAGGAUUUGGAAACCACAGAGGAAGAUAGAUGGGUUUCCCCUGUCAGGAUCUAGCCGUGCAAAUGCGGAUGAAAGUCAAGAAGAUUGUCUGCCCUUCAAGCUUGAUGAUGAUUCGUGUGGUACUGAUGUCAAUCAAUCUUAUUCAGGGAGAUUACAACAAAAAUCUCCAUUUAAUUAUCCUAAUGGUUCUAAAGGUUAUAGAGGGGAUGCUUUUAAUGUUCCAUGUUUACCGGAUCCAACCUUCAACGCCAUUGAUGGCCCAUGCAUACGAGACUCCACUGCACUUAGUGCUGGCAGCCAUUACCUUCCCGAAGGAAACUUGAAAGAAUCUCAUAACUCCAUUGAACAUAGACAAACAGUCACUAAUAAGGAAGUGACAAAUUCGCUGGAGUUGAUUGAUCAAGGUUACGUCUUUGUUUCUGGGCCCCCAUUGGAUUCAUUAUCAUCUGCCGGUGCCUCUAUGCAUACAAAUAUUAGCAUGCCAAUGGUGUCAGGACAAGCUGCAGGGAAUGUGCACUCUAGACCAAGUGCCCCGGUUCCCAUUAUCGGUCCUGCAGUCAAUAAAGUAGGUUGUGUAGGAAGUGUGGAUAGCCACACAUCUGCCCAUGGUACAUCACAAGGAUCAGUGGAUAUAGCAGACACAUUGGAGCAACCAUCAAGUGAUUGCCUAAGGAGGAUUGAAUCAUUGCAGCAUUGCGCUAGUGCUAUCACUGAAUUAGUAAACGAGAAGGUAAGUCACCAAUCAUCACUAUGUUCAGGAAGUAACAUACUCCGGAUUAUGUAUUUUGUCUUAUGGGCAUAGUCUGGUUAUUAACAGUUGUGGAGUACUUGUUUUUGUUAUAAUGCAUCCAAUUAGUGUUGUAUAAUCAGCAGUAACACCUUUUUAUAUUGAUUUUUACUUUGAAAAUGCUCUAACCUUUAAGCACUUUAGAAAAAAAUAUCAAGCUAUUUGAAACUUCAACAAAAAUAAUUUGAUCUUUCUAUAUGUUAGCUGAAAGUGGUCAUAUAAUAUUUGAUAUCUUAUGCUUCAUUUAAAAAGUCUGAGGCAGGCAGAUAUCUGGAAGCGUUUUCAAUUCAGCUUGUCAUUCUUGCAAUAUGGAAGCAAGCCUUGCACAUAUGUCAUGCUCAAGCAGCGUCAGCAAUUGAAGGAAGCCCAACCCAACAUGUUGCUAAAUUGGGUCAAGGACUUGUCAAUGCGCAGAAUCCGGUUGAUGCUUUUUCUAACAUUUUGGUUCCACAGGAUAUCUGUUUUCAUAUAGAAAAAUCAUUUCUAAGUGAAGUUCAGAAUGCAGAUGAGCUUUCCAAAUUUGUUGAGCCCGGUAUAUCUUUGUUGUUUCUACACUCCAUUUGCAGCUACAUGUUUUUUUCUUUGUCGCUCCCUUGGUCCCAAAGUAGGUCAUGUGUGAGUUGUGACCGACACACGACUUUAUUAUGUUGAUAA